CUUCUAGGAAACUUCCUCAUGCCGGCCACUAAGAACCCAAUCAUCAAAUCAUCUUCAAGUUCCCAUCUUUACAGGCACCCAAAGUCAUAAUAGUACUAAUCAAGAUUCAAGCCAAACGAGAAGCAAGAGAGAUUCAAAGACAGGUUUUUAACAUCAAACAACAGCAACAACAACAAGGAAGCAGCAGCAGCAGCAGCAGCAGAAGCAGAAGAAGAAACAACAUAAGACUUAACUAAACUAAACUUAUCCCAUAUGAUGCCCAUGGAGGAGAAAGUAGAAGUUGAAUCUGAUGAGGAGAUCCCUUUCAGUGCAUCAGCAACAGGAAAGAAAGUGCACCCUUUUGAUUCUGAGGGAAAUAGUAUUGCCUCACAUGUUGAUAUGUCCAAGUCAUGGAUUUUAAAGAGAAUACAAAUGGGUCCUCUUAGAAGUAUAUACAUUGUUCUAAUUAAAGCCAAGAUUAAUAUGCUGCUUCCUUUUGGUCCCUUAGCAAUACUGCUUCACUAUCUUACUGGAAAGCAUGGAUUGGUCUUCUUGCUCAGCAUGCUGGGUAUCACGCCUCUGGCUGAGCGUUUGGGUUAUGUAACCGAGCAGCUUGCUUUCUACACGGGACCAACAGUUGGUGGACUUUUAAAUGCAACAUUCGGGAAUGCAACAGAGAUGAUAAUAUCAAUCUAUGCAUUGAAAAGUGGGAUGAUAAGGGUUGUUCAACAAUCUUUGUUGGGCUCCAUCUUGUCAAAUAUGCUCUUGGUUCUUGGAUGUGCUUUCUUCUCUGGUGGCAUUGCCAAUCACCAGAAGGUUCAGGUUUUCAACAAGGCAGCUGCUCUUGUGAAUUCUGGAUUGUUGUUGAUGGCUGUGAUGGGGAUAAUGUUUCCUGCUGUACUUCACUUCACACACACAGAGGUUCAUUUUGGCAAGUCAGAGUUGGCCCUUUCAAGAUUUAGCAGCUGUAUAAUGCUUAUAGCUUAUGGAAGCUACCUUUUCUUUCAACUUAAAAGUCAGCCUAAUCUCUACAGCCCUGUUGACGAGGGAGGAGUAAAUGAUCUAGAAGAUUCUGGUGAUGAAGAGGCACCUGAAAUAACUCAAUGGGAAACAAUUGGCUGGCUUGCAAUUUUGACUUUAUGGAUUUCUAUACUGUCGGGGUACCUUGUCGAUGCCAUACAGGGAGCAUCUGACUCAUUGAACAUGCCUGUGGCUUUUAUCAGUGUCAUUCUGCUUCCAAUUGUUGGAAAUGCUGCUGAGCAUGCAAGUGCAAUCAUGUUCGCUAUGAAGGAUAAGCUUGACAUCACAAUUGGAGUUGCAAUUGGAUCGUCUACACAGAUUUCAAUGUUUGUGAUUCCCUUCUGCGUUGUUGUUGGAUGGUGUAUGGGACAACCAAUGGACUUGAAUUUUCAACUCUUUGAAACUGCUACGCUUUUCAUCUCUGUGCUAGUGGUGGCAUUUAUGUUGCAGGAAGGAACUUCAAACUAUUUCAAGGGUUUCAUGCUUAUUCUAUGCUACCUCAUAGUCGCAGCAAGUUUCUUUGUACAUGUUGACCUUGAUAAGGACGAUAACUAGAGAUCCAUUGAUCCGGAUGGCAUUGGUUUUGAGCAAAAUAUUGCCCAGAAAGCUUGCGGCUGCUCAAUACAAAUACCUCCUGCGUUACCUCCUGCAUGAAGCUGGAAAGUUCCUAGGCUUUCACAUAUCCUGUUAGCAAUCAAGGAGAACUGGGCGUUAGAUUUUGUUUUUGCCAUUCCCAUUCUGUGGCAACUACAUCCCACAUUUCUGCACGGAAUUUGGGAAUCCUGUUAGCCAAUCUUGAGUUUAUUUUUUUUCUCUGUUUUGAUGUUAUUUUUCUUAGUUGGGGUAUGCUUUCUCCACAGCAGAGAGCAAUAUAUAGAUGGUGGAACCGUUGUAACCUUUUCUGCCUUCACCUCUAUGACAAAAACUGUAAUAUAGUGGUUUUGAUCCUUGUUAAUGGAUAUUCUGAGAUUCAUUUCUGGCUGUUCUUUAAUCUGAUAAGCGCUUCUACAUUCA